UGGCUGGUGCGAAGUCUGACAGGCUUCCUUUUAUAUUUCUCUGCACAUUCCCUUUAUUCCUCCCUCUCUCUCGCAUCAAUAUUUAAUCCCCUUCUAAGAGCAAUGAGAUAAUGCAAUAUACAGAAGCAGGGAAGAUGCAGUGAGGGGGAGACGUGCUUCUGCAUGCUGCUGCUGCUGACUGGACACGACAAGCUGGGAAGAAGCUGCUGGGAUACUCAGGCUUAGCCCUGCUGUAUGCAGCUCCCCAAACCCAAUCCUUAGAGCAUGUUCUUCCUGGCCACCGCCGCCUCUUUCCAUGGAAGGGCAGCUGGGGAGGAGGACACAGGAGGAUGAGGAGAGAGAGCCGGCCGGAGCACAGGACGAGGAGGAAGAGGAGAAGGAGAGGAGGAGGGGGUGGAGGAGAGGCCAGCGCAGAGGAUGAAGUGGGGUGCCCGGGGAGCUUGCGCCGCCCUCUCCAGCUGCUUCUUGCUUGCCUGCGCCCUGAGCGCAUCCGCCGUGGGCCUCAAGUGCUUUUCACUGGGCUCUGAGCUGAAGGGGGAGCCGUUCCGCCUGGGCACAGCUGCUGGUGCCUUUUACUCGGGGCUGCUACUUGCUGCCGGCCUUUCCCUCCUAGGUAUUGCUCUCCUCUGCUGCCAGGAGGAUGCCAAUGGAGAGAGCAAGCCUGGCAGCCAGAACUUCCUCCUCCUGGGAGUGUUGGUUUUUAUGCUGGGGGUACUAAGCGCUUUUGCUGGAGCCGUUAUAGAUGGGGAUACAGUUUCACUGGUGGAGAGGAAAUACUCACACUAUUGCUUGCAACAGCCGCUUCCUAGUGGAGGUGGCAGUGAUACCAAAUGUCAGAAGUUAAAGGAUUAUCAGCGUGGUUUAGUGAUCUCUACCAUUUUUAACUCAUUGGAGUGCCUGCUAGGGAUGAUCAACCUGCUGCUGGUGAAAAACUACAAGUCUUCUCAGCAGCGCCGCAGAAGGAGGAGGAGAUGUGGAAACAGGAGGCUUCAGAGUCAAAGCAGGGGCUCUAUCGUCUCCACUGAGGAACAUGACUUCUCCCCUGGGGAUUUCCCCUUUCAGUCUGUCUCCUACAUCAACGUGGGGGUGUUUCACCUAUUUGAUGAGGCAGGGGUGGAGGUGCACUGUGGGGGCCAUCCGUCGUUGGAGUUGCCCGGAUACUCCCCGAGGGACCCUGACUUAAAUCCAUCUUACCCUUAUAGCUACCCUUUGCCUCAUGAGCAGCCCCCGUCAUAUGAUGAGAUUUACCCAACUAAUGAAAUUUGCAGCAACAGCAGCACCACAACCACCUAACAGAACCCAGACUCACGCAGAGGGGGUCUUCCUGCUCCAUCACCUGCACUGACAAUCAUACCGCCUGCAAAUGGGACAGGGGCACACCACAAAAGGACAAUUAUCACACUGUAUCUACAUGGAUGUUUUCAGACAGUGCUCAUAACCAAUGUAAGUUCUAAGGUGAAAGGUCAGAUAUGUUGAAUGGUGUGUGGUUGCUUGAGUGCAUGCGAGUGUGUUUGCAUACCUGGUCCCAAAAAAUGCACUGCAAACACUUAACUUUAAUUUCAAUAAAAUGUUUUUACAUGUGUGGAGUUGCUGGCCAAAAUAAGGAUUUAUCAAUAUUACCUCUUCUCUUCACAUUUAUAGGCUUUUUGUCUGUCAUGCCAGUGUAAAUCUCAAAUUUGGUAUUCAUCAUUAUUGCCAUGGUUACAGUGUCUAGCUACAAAACGAUUAUGUCAGUUUAAGUAGGAUUUUUUUCAUGUCUGAUGAAGAUUACUCAUCUUUAUCAAAUCUCAAGAUUUUAUCAGUGAAUGCUUCUUGUGAUAUUAACCCUCCUACCUUUUUUUCUCCUAUACAUGAAUCAUCAUAUAAUGGUUUUCUAGCUCAAGAGCGCAAAUUAACUGCCACAAAUGUGAUUAAUAUGCAACGAAUGAGAAAAGAAAAAAUGCACAGAUUAUAUAUAUAUAUAUAUAUAUAUAUACACACACAUUAUUAUUACUGACUGGGUAAAAAUUGCUUCAUCUUAAUACUUUGAGUGCCUGUCAGUAACCUCUUGUCAGCAACAGAAUUGUAUAAGACGUGGAGGUAGCAAAAAGAAA